GGUCGAUUUCUUAGGAUUAUUUGGAAAAAAGUUGACGAAAAAACGGUAAAAAUGUCCAAGCGAACCGCUGCGGAGGUUGCUGAAGAGGACAACUAUCUGGACGAUCUGGUCCGGGACAAGCAGAGCAGCCGGCCAUCAACCAGUAAGCAUACCCUAGAUUCCGACGAGGAAGACAGCGGCGACGAUGAGGCUCAAUACAACGUGUUGGAUGCAAAUGAUAUCGAAGGUGAAGAGGAAGGAAUCGCCCGCGUCGACAAUGAAAUGAAAUUCACCCCGUUCAACAUGAAGGAGGAAAUGGAGGAGGGGCAUUUCGAUGCAGAUGGGCACUAUCUGUGGAAGAAGGGAGCGGAAAUUCGAGACAAUUGGUUGGAUAACAUUGACUGGGUCAAAAUAAAGAACGAUCCAAACUAUAAGGAGAAAAAGGAAGCAGAACUUAAGGGAUUGGCAGAUUCUGAUUCGGAGGACGAAGAAGAUGAAAAAGGGACAGGAUUUGAUUCCUCAAAGACUUAUCAGAACAUUUUGGAUAUGAUGGAACCAAAAGAGACCAUUAAGAAGGCUCUGCAGAGGAUCGGUAAAAAGACCGCAAAGUUAACAACGGCACAACGCUGGAAGAUGAAAAAGGCUGGCACCUUGGAUGAUUCCAGUGAAAAGGUCACCCGAUUGACCGAACUGGCCAAUGAGAUUCUCACUCGGGAAGGCAAUAUGGACAUUUAUGAUGAGACUUACGAAAUGAUACAGAAGAAGGUCAAUAACUCUAAAUCGGCACCGACGGAUGAUCUGGAUAUGUACGCAGAUGACUUCGACAACAAGGAAAAGAGCAAGCUAAAAGAUGAUGACCCAAAAGGGUCGUCCAGCGAUGAUAAGCCCAGCACGUCAACAAGCCAGCAGGAAGAAGGUAAGAAGAUUUUAAUGUGGGAAUAUAAGGAACAGCAGGAUGCAGAAAAGAUCCACGGUCCAUACACUACCGAGCAGAUGCAACAGUACGCAGACGAGGGUCGUUUCAGCAGUGGUGCGUUUGCCAGGAAGGUGGACUCGAAUGACUCGCGCUUUUACUCGGCCGCUAGGAUUGAUUUCGAUUUGUAUUUGUAAGGGAUGAGCGAAAUAAAAUCAAUUCUGUUAGUGUAA